UACAAUUUUGUGGUAGAUGAGUUUAACUCAAGAAGAAAAGGAUGAUGACAUAUGGCCUGAUGAAAAAGAGACUUUGUUUUUGACUGUGCUAUAUGAAAGAGUAAAAAAAGACCCAACCGGGAAUCCAACAUUUAAGGGUCGAGACUGGAAUGAUAUGGAUAAUGAGAUGUUGGUCCGAGGUCGUUAUCAAUAUGGUAGUGACAGGCUACGGGGAAAGUACAACAGGAUGAAGCUCAUACAUAGACAAUUUGGUCAGUUAUUGGCUCAUACUGGAGUUACAUAUGAUUCCAGCCGGAAUGUUGUUCAUGCCACAGAGGAAUGUUGGCAGAAAUUUUACUAGAUGAAUAAGGGCUUUAAGUGUUUUAAAAGGAAGGGUUGCAAGAACUAUCCGUUAAUGAAUCUUGUUUUUGGACAAGGAAGUGCAAGUGGAGGACUUGCUACUCCUUCCACCCAAGUACCGACACACUCGGAUGAGGAAAAAAGGAAUGAGGACGUCUUCUUACAUGGUGAGGGGGCAUGAGCUCAGAGAGAUCGCACUCAAAAGGGAAACGCAAAGUUGAGGAAGCAAUGGGAUCAAGCAAUAAGGACUGGAAGACUGUUUUGGCUAAUGCGGUCCACGCAUACAUGACAACAAUGAGUGAAAAAGAACUGAGGGAGUUUUAGGAAAGAGACCGAGCAAAGAUUUUCUAGCUUGGAAUAGACACUCAAGCAAUUUAUUCAAAGAACUGAGGCGAGAGAUCAAUCAAUGCAGUCGAGUAUUCGAGAUAUUCAAACUCAACUAAGGGACCUCUCCCUAGCAACACCGAGGAUAACCCACGAGAACAUGUUCAGGCAGUCAUUUUGAGGAGUGGAAGGGAGCUAGAACCUGCUGCCACGAAGAAGAAGCCCGAUGAAGUUGAAAUUGAACAUGUUGCCCGGGAGAAAUAAAAAUGGAAAGAAGAGGGAAGAGAGGCAGCGAAUGCACCAAAACAGCCCGUUCCGGUAAAGAAUUACAGCCCACCUUUCCCCUAUCCGGCACGAUUGACGAGGACGAAUGAUAGUGACCAAUUUGGUAAUUUUCUGAAACUCAUGAAACAAGUUCAACUUAACAUACCAUUCGUGGAUGCACUAGCACAAAUGCAGAAGUACACGAAGUUCAUGAAGGAUCUGCUGGCUAAUGGCGCGAGUUUUCUCACACUUUAAAAGAUUGUAGAAUAGUGGUGAAAAGUACGAGUAUCGUCUCCACGGAGACGGACAAAAGGGAAUUAAAGAUUAACUAAAUUCAGCGAUGAAACAAGAAAUACAAAAAAACAAAAUGCAUUUUCCAGCCAAAAUUGAAUUUAGUCAAUUUUCAAUUUAAUCUUCUUUUCGAAAGGAGUUUUCAGUUUACAAUUCCAGCCAAAAUCGAAUUUAGUAAAUUCUGAUUUCAUAUAGGUUGCAUUUUCCUCUUACAUUUAAGGCAAUUUUAUAAAAUCAAUUCUCAGAAUCUUUUCCCCAAACCAAAUUAAUUUUGAAAUCAAUUAAUUAAUUUUCUAUAAAGUCACUGGUGUCAAGGAGUGUGCAUGAAUUUCAGUGCUUUGUUAAAAUUUAAUUUAUAGAUUGGUUAAUAUUAUAGCACAUUUGUUCUUAAUUUGAGUGUUUGGUUAUAAGAAAGUCAUAUAUGACUCCCUUAUGGAAUCAUAUUAGUCAUGUGUCCUCACCAUUUUGAGUCAUAGGUGACUUCAAAGUUUUUAAGUAUGUGUGUGCCUUCAAUUUUUAAAGUAGUCAUGUGUCCUCACCAUUUUGAGUCAUAGGUGACUUCAAAUUUUUUAAGUAUGUGUCUGCCUUUAAUUCUUAAAGUAGUUAUAUUGAUCUUCUUCCUCAUCUUUCAUAAUUUAAUUAUAUUCAGCCUUUUUGGUAUUUCAAAAUCUAUGUUUCAGACUACAAUAGCUUAAAUUGAAUGCAUAAAUGGCUUGCGUAUAGUCAUGAUAUUCAGCCUUUCUGUGGUUGUGAAGUAGGAAGGAGUGAAGUAAGUUGUAUAAAUGUAUAGAUAUCAGUGGGAGUUUGUAUGAUGUUUUUUUUUUUUUUUUUUUUUUUGCAUCCCAUUCUUCUCUUGAACUGGAAAUUUCUUUUCUCUUCAAUUCUAUAUCCUUAUUUUUUUCAGCACUCCCAUUUCCGUUAUUCUUCAUUCUUCCGCUACUUGGGGUUGAUAAUGUUCUGAUUGGAGGGAUUUAUUCACCAAAUUUGAAUUCUAGACGCUUGGUUGUGAAAGGAGCAGGGGGGUGGAACCCACGUUAGAUCAAUUCUUUCUCUCCUUCAAUCUGUGUCGAGGGGGUCACUCCAACGCUGGGGGCUUCGCCAAUCUACAGCAAGUUCCGGAGUGGAGACUAUUCUCUGAGGUGUCUUCCUCCCAUAAAGGGUGGAAGGAUAAGUUUUGUUACAUCCGCUUAACGGAGAACCCAUUCCCUGCUCCUCUUCGUGAUAACUUUCCGAGGCACCCGAAGGUAGGGAGUGCUGCUCUCGAGAAUAAUGGGAAGAAGCUCACGGUGAAACCGGAGGGGUCCGAUAACGUGGUGACUAUCAAGGAUGCCACGCUUCCGGAGGAGCUGUACCUGCUAGGCUUCCGGCGGUACCAAUUGAUGGGGAGACGGACGCGAGAUACCCCGUGAUAGAUCGGUUGUAUCAGAGUGCCGAAGGCGAAGCCAUGGACUUCAAAACGUUUGCCAAACUAAAGAGGCAACUGGCGAAGGAGCCAAAGAAGCAGGAGGCUUGCAAUCAGUAGAGGCCUGUCAACAAAUAUUUCCCGAAAACUGAAGCUAGCAAAGUUCAAGAGGGUGAGGAGCCCUCGAGAAAAGUUGUUGCUGGCGAUAAUGCCGGGGGUUCUCAAGCUACUGCGGCGAAGCGGAAGGCGGCGGGCAAAGCUGUGGUGCCCAUCGAAAAGAGAUAAAGAAAGGGGGCCGUCGGCCAGAAGAAGGCCAGCCCCAUCGUCACUGUUGAGGAGCACUCAUCCUCCGAGCUCCCGGUAGUGAUGGUGACGACUUCCCCUCACUCCCCCUCGGACCAGGUAGGUGAGGGGGCUUGGCCCCGGGAGAACACGAAGUUCUCCAUCAAGAAGGGGACCGCCAUCAUGCAGGGGCACCCUGGAUCCAAGGGAGUUCCUGAGGGGUGCCACCCCUUCGUUGGACAGAUCAGCCCUCAGCCGUUAUGAGGAUGACGUCCUCGACUCAAAGAUCAUUCAUGCUGCUGUAAACAUGGACGUAUAGCAGAUAGCUUAGUAGGCUUUAGGAGGGCACAUAUAGAGUGUUUGUUUCCCUUAAAGACUCCCACAUACAUUGAGUUUUAUAUAAAAACCG